AUGGUAAUUUCUAAUGGGGAACAAACUAAGGAAUUAACAUUGUAUCCUCCUACACAACCUUUAUUGAAAACAAAUGAUCUUGUAUGGAUUGACAGUGAUUUCAAAGAAUCAUUGCCAAUCCUCACUAUUGGCCAAACAUUUGAUACGGGGGAAUGUUCUGAAGAAGAUAUACUUGUUAAUUUUCUCCAAAAUAGAUAUGGUUCUGAUGAAAUUUUGGAAAUGAUGGUCCUUUCUAGGAUGGGUGAUAAUUGCCCUUUUGCUGUUGUUUAUGUUAAAAAUAAAUUUCAUUAUUAUAUUACUGGGUAUAAGGUGUUCGUCCAUACUGAUCAUUCUGCCAUUCAAUUUUUAAUGAAUAAACCUGUUGUAACUAGUCGAGUAAUUAGAUGGAUACUUUUGCUUCAAGAAUUUGACAUUACUAUACUUGAUAAGCCUGGUCAUGGGAAUUUGGUUGCAGAUUUCCAAUCCAUGUUACAACAACAAGAUGUGCCCGUCCUCGUUGAUGACACUUUUCCUGAUGAGAAUCUUUUUGCCAUUUCAGCAAAAAUCCUACGGUUUGCUGAUGUAGAAAAUUACUUGGUCACAUGUUGGUUUCCUCCACACUUCUCUCCACUGGAACGUAGGAAGAUAGUUGGAGUCAGUGGUUAG